UUUUUUUAUUAAUUUGAUUUUUUCUAAAAAGACGCGUGGCGUCUGUCACGACGUCGAAUUUCGCGGAUCAACAUUGCUAUCCCUCUCGUUUGUCGCUGCGCUGUGCGAAGAUAACCUCGAACGGCGCCCAAUCCAGUCGCUUCUCAGUCCUUAAUUAUUGGCUGCCGUGCGGGUUCUGUCAAAGCAGUUAAAGAGCGCUCGUGAUGUCACUGUUUGCACCACUUGAGGUACGUGACGAUCGGUGACGAUUCCUCGGCGACUGGAACGAGAUACGCGUCGACGGGAUAUCUGGUAAUGUUCGCAGAUUCCCUGGCCCUCCGAUGUUUAUGCGUCAUAUUACCGUUGAAAAACGGGCGAUAAAUACCGAGAGAAAUAUCGGUCUCCCGAGUAACGAGGUGUUUUUUUCUCUUUCAUCGCAUUGAAAGAGAUUGCGGAAAACUACGUACCUGGUGGACAAUUCAACGCGGAGAACAUAAUCGUCUUAAGUUUAACCUGUGAAGUUUGUAGAUUGCAGUAUUUCUUGGAGCUCUUGUUGAAGUUUCGGAGGCACGGACUGGACUACACGUGAUUAGUCGAUAUUAUGGGAAUAGCGUAGUGCGAUUGAUCUGCAUAGCGAAACAUUUGCAAAUUAAAUCGAUCUCACAUAUAACGUAAGAUAAGCACUAUGGAGUGGCUAUUUGGCAAGCGUAUCACUCCUGAGGAAAUGCUCAGGAAGAACCAAAGAGCAUUGAACAAAGCAAUGCGGGAUUUGGACCGGGAAAGAGUGAGAAUGGAGCAGCAGGAGAAGAAAAUCAUAGCUGACAUAAAGAAACUUGCAAAAGAUGGACAAAUGGACGCUGUGAAAAUUAUGGCCAAGGAUCUGGUCAGGACGAGGCGUUAUGUCAAAAAGUUUAUGCUGAUGAAGGCAAACAUUCAAGCAGUGUCAUUGAAAAUACAGACUUUACGUUCUCAGAAUACAAUGGCACAGGCUAUGAAAGGAGUGACCAAAGCGAUGCAAAAUAUGAACAAACAAUUAAAUCUACCACAGAUACAGAAAAUACUGCAAGACUUUGAAAAGCAGUCAGAGAUAAUGGAUAUGAAAGAGGAAAUUAUGAAUGAUGCAAUAGAUGACGCGAUGGAGGAUGAGGGAGAUGAAGAGGAAAGUGACACUGUAGUUGCACAGGUGUUGGACGAGCUGGGCCUACAGUUGACAGAUCAACUUUCUGGAUUGCCACAGGCGUCCGGAUCGUUAAGUGUAGCCGGAUCGAAACAACCAGUCGCCGCUGCGGCGGGAGGUAACGAAGAUGGGGGCAAUCUCCCGGACGCUGACGCGGAUCUACAGGCCAGACUCGAGAAUCUGCGACGCGAAUAA